AUGCAAAGCCUCACCAACCUCAUUCUCCUCGCAAGCGCGGUGACUCCAGUCUUCUCCGCCGCCAUCGCACCUCUCGAGAAGAAGAGCGUCCUGCACAUCGCGGCCGAAGUGGAUGCUGGGAUUCCCUUCGACUCCAAGGUGGUGGACUCGGAUGCUUACAACACAUUCAUCAGCACCGAGGUCGUCUUGCUGGAGGGAACGGACAAGCGCCAGGACGCUGACCCGGAUCGCAACUCCACGAUCCCCGAUGUUAUCUUUACGCUGCAAUGCACCGAUGAUGGUUUUCGCGGAGACUGCCUUGUAUUCGGAGCCAAGCCUGGAUCUUGUGUGUCUUACUUCGACUUCCAAGCGGCCAACUCCACCGAAAUCAGCGAUCGUUUCAACAACAAAGUCACGUCUUUGUCCGUUAACACCGGCGGCAACUGCCAGUGGUAUCUGUACGAGGGCUGUGACAACAAGGGUGACGACCGUGGGCUCACUAGCUCCUACAACUACAACCUUGCUGUCCCGGCCGAGGACGACCCCCGUACUGUCGAAUACGAAAACCAGAUCACAUCUUGGAGGUGUUAG